AUAGCUGCUAUAUGGCGUUAGCUUGUGAGCGCCGGUGUGAGUGUGAGUUCGGCCCCGCCCUCCCAGCGCCGCACCGCCCGCCCUGCUCUCACAAACCGCCCGCCUGAGCUCUGCCCGAGUCUGGGGAAGCGUCCGGCCUGGAUACCGGGAAAUAAGGAGUGCAAAAUAUUAUGUCGAUGAACAAAGGGGUCAAUGGAUGAAGAUGUGACGACCCUCUCUCACCAUCCCCACCAGCCCGAGAUCAUAUUCCACGGGGCAGGCGGGGAUGGCGAUGUCGAGGAGGAUGAGGUGGCGGUGGAGUUGCACGAGACGGUGCUGGUCUCCGGAGUGGAGGACGACGAGAUGGCGGUGCACGGCUUCUCCCCGGACGAACUGGUCAUCCAGGACGCCAUGGGGGACGUGGUGGGCGAGUACGUACAGGACGAGGAUGAGGAGGAGGAUGUGGAGGCCCUGGGAGCCAUCGCCGUGGAGACUUGUGUGAUGUCGCCGAGCAUAGCUCUGGAGGACGUGCUGACUUCCUCUCGAGUGCAGGACGAUCCAGACGCCUGUGAAAACUACCUCAUGAUUUCCCUGGAAGAACCCGGGAAGAUCGAAGAUGAAGACGCCAAGGUCUCGGCUGUGGGCACUUUAGAGGAGCAGGACGACGACGAGAAGGAGGAGGAAGAGGGUCAAGAGGUCAUCAAGGUCUAUAUCCUGAAGGCUGACUCGGGAGACGACGACCUGGGCGGCACUGUGGAUAUAGGAGAGGCUGAAAUCGAUGUGGACGGCAGUGUAGAGCUGGUGGAUCCGUCAUCGUUACCCCUCGGUGAUAAGAUGGUCCUCAUGUCGGUGGAGGAAGCGAAUCCGAGUCAGGAGGACAUCAAUGUGUCUAAGAUGACUGAUGAGGUGUACAUGGAGGUGGUGGUUGGCGGCGAGGAGCCCGCCAAUCACCAGCGGCAGUUCGAUAACGCCCCUCUCGGCAAGGAGUUCAUGCCGGUAGCCUGGGCGGCUGCUUACGGUGCAGAGGAGGCCGAGAGCUGCGAAAAUAGGAACGGAGCCGCCAGCGCCGUGCUGCACAUCGACGAGUCUGACAUGAUGGAGAAAAUCAACCGGCAGAGGAUCAAAAACAAGAACAGGAAACACUCAGAGUCACGCCACAUCCAAACAGCCAUCAUCAUCGGUCCGUACGGGCAGCCGCUCACGGUCUAUCCGUGCAUGCUGUGCGGAAAGAAGUUCAAGUCCCGCGGCUUCCUGAAGCGCCACGCCAAGAACCACCAUCAGGACGUGACGAAGAGUAAGAAGUACCAGUGCACGGACUGCGAUUUCACCACCAACAAGAAGACCAGCCUGCACAACCACAUGGAGAUCCACGCGCUGAGCAGCAAGAGCGCGCCGUUCGAGUGCGAGACCUGCGGCAAAGAGUUCCACCAGCAGGCGGCGCUCUACUCCCACCGGCUGCAGCACCAUUACAGGGAGCCCAAGCUGCAGAUCCCGCCGCCGGCCACCAAGAUGCACGGCUGCAAGUUCUGCGAGUACGAGACGGCCGAGCAGGGACUCCUGAAUCGGCAUUUGCUGGCCGUGCACAGCAAGAACUUCCCUCACAUCUGCGUGGAGUGCGGGAAGGGUUUCCGGCACCCGUCCGAGCUCAAGAAACACAUGAGGACUCACACCGGGGAGAAACCGUACUCGUGCCUGUACUGCAGCUACAAGUCGGCCGACUCGUCCAACCUGAAGACGCACGUCAAGACCAAACACAGCAAGGAGACGCCGCACAAGUGCGAGCGCUGCUUCCAGACCUUCGCCGAGCCCGACGAGCUCCAGCAGCACGUGCUGGCGCACGAGGAGGAAGCCAAGAGCCACCAGUGCAUGCACUGCGAGCACCGCAGCUCCAACUCCAGCGACCUGAAGCGCCACGUCAUCUCCGUUCACACUAAGGAGUACCCGCACAAGUGCGGCACCUGCGGCAAGGGCUUCCACCGGCCCUCCGAGCUCAAGAAGCACUCCGUCUCGCACAAAGCCAAAAAACUGCACCAGUGUCGCCACUGCAACUUCCGAAUCGGAGAUCCGUUCAUCCUGAGCCGCCACAUCUUGUCCGUCCACACCAAAGAGACGCAGCAGCAGGCGGCCUUCGCGGACAAAAAGGGCCUGAAGAAGGCGUUCGUGCUGGGGGCGCACGGCGGGAAAAAGGUCCUGACCAAAGUGAACAGGGAGCGGCGGGUGUACCAGUGUCAGUACUGCGACUACAGCACUGGCGACGCCUCGGGUUUUAAGAGACACGUCAUCUCUAUCCACACCAAGGACUACCCGCACAGAUGCGAUUUCUGCUCCAAGGGCUUCCGCCGGCCGUCGGAGAAAAACCAGCACGUCGCCCGCCACCACAAAGACAUGAUCGCCGCUGUGUGACGCUAGAUAGGACCGAUCAAUCAAGUAUAAUGAUACUUUUUUGAAGGAAAAGUAUGCUGAUAUUUAGUUUGGGUGUACGAACACAAUUGUCUUAAAUAUUAAAGCUAAAUACUUUGAUCAUGAUUAUGCGACAACAAUUGUGAAGACUUUGGGCUUUCUGUUUUGGAAUUUUUAUUGACAAUUUGGUUACGAGACACAGUAAAGAUUAUAGAAUAAACCGAUGAGAUGGAUUUAACAGCAGCAGGACUGUUAGAGCUCGAUAAACAAACUAAAAUAGGGGGAAACGCAUUAAAUCACAGGUGCCUUUACCACCGUGAGUCCAGUGUUAACAGAGAUUGGUGCACGUGUCUACCUGUAGAGGGGCAGUAGGGGUAGAAUUUCGUCUCUGGGUGAGCUGAAGCUGCAGAUCAUGUUUUGUCAGACAUGCUUACCAAGCAUAAAGUGUUCUCCAUAUUCUGUCAUGUUUUUAAUUUCGAUCAGUACGGCUUAGAGGAACGUAAACGAGCCGGCCCGACUUUGUGUUUUCAGUUUUAUGAAGCGCUUACCUCAUCAGAAAUUUUCCACACUAUUUGUGAUCGUAACACCAAUUAAAUAUUCUCCGUUUUCAGCCGUGGGUUUUAUUUAGAAAUCGAAGGCCGUUUGUAAAUCAGGUUCAGUGCUUCAUCUUUAGGAUAUAUAUUAUAAUUAUUAUGAUUAUUAUCAAUAUAACUGCCCUGCGAUGGAUUGGUGCACCAUCCAGGCAGUAUUUUCUCCGUGCACCUUUUAAAUAAAUGUCUGCAAUAAUGAACCUACAGUACUUCAGCUGCAGUGAAACCAUCAGCAUCAAUAAAAUCAAACCUAAUCAAACACACAACCCAGUUCUGAUAUUUUGACUGUUGGGUUUUGCUGUUAACAAAUGUAAGACAUCAUUUAAAUACAUCUAUAAAAGAACCCUAGUUCAGAACGUUAUUUAUUUUUUUAGAAACGAAUCUACUUACCGAGAAUAAAAUUCAUUAGAAUUUCUAGUCGAUCACUGUUUUUUUUUCUGAUACAUGGAAGACGGACUUCUGUUGGUGUGUGCUGUUGAUUUCACUACCAUGUUGUUACUUAAUUUAGUAAGCAUUUGUCACCCCUUACCGAUGACUGACGAUGUUAUAAACGUAAAGAAAGUGCUUCUGACUUUAAGUUGCUUCUUGAUAUUAUCAUGGGAAAUGCUGCUGUAAGGUCUGUGGUGAUUCCAUUCCUUAAAUGCAUCCCUCAGACCUUCCAUCCUAGUCCAUACUAGCGUGGAAACCUUUAAAAAUGCCGAUAGGAAACAGCAUGCUGGGUGUGCACCGGUGUCUGAGCCAUGGUGGAGCGUUUUGCCGUUUUGAUGCCGCACUCGAGUGGAGUUCUUGAUGCCCAGCGCUGUGUGUGUCGCUUGUGCUUAAAGUGGCAGAUGAGAAGCUUGGUGGUGUGAAACCUUUACUGACCGACUAACGUUCCACACCACGUUGAAUAUGUGGUGAUUAGAAGUUCGAAUCACGGUAACAUUUAUUAUGGGGUCGAGUAUUAUGAUGAUAUUGUAUGGAAAUAAUUUGCCUGAUGCAAGAAUGACUCUUGGUCAAGAGUAAACAGACGUUCCUCAGAAAAAUCCUCAAAUUCGAAUGUAAGACGUCUCGAAGAACUAAACCUGGCUUGUGGUGGAGAAACUUGCAGACGCACAUGAUUCUUGCUUUAUAUAAUGUAUAAGUGAAUAGGUAUCUUCUGAACAGCUGUGUAUGUGUAUAUAUAACAUUUGUAAAUACAGAACUAUUGGAAGUAGAAUA